AAGCAGUAGGAGAAGAAGUUCUUGAAACACACAAGGUAGUCUCGUGAACAAUUCGUAAAAAAUGUUGACUGAAAUUUGAUUAUACUCUUGAUAACUUGUAAACAACUUAUUAUAUAAGGAUUUUGAAGAUCAUAGUGUUAGCUACUACGCAUACCUUUAGGGAUAAUCAAUUCUUUUUUUAUUUCAAAAGAAUUAGUGUUUCAAUGAACCAUUUGAAGUUCAAGGGAGAAUUCAAUCACUUAUUGUGACAGAGUGCACCCGAUAUUCUAAUUAUUAAAGAAGGACAUCAAUUGAAAAAGUUUGACUCUGGAGGUCACAAUAUUUACCAGUGCAUGGAAAUAGACUAUAGAUGCGAUUAAAAUUGUGCAAGUUUAUCACAACUUGCAUCCAGCAGCAUGAAGAAAGAGGAGGUCUACACGAUUAAUCCAAACGAGCAGAAGAAAGAUAUUGAGGACCCUGGAGAGAAUGUGAAAUUUGAAGAUGCCUUAGCAGGAACAGGAUACGGAUGGUGUAAUUUCAAAAUCACAGCGAUUGGCGCAUUAGCUAUAGGCUGCAGUUAUGUUGGCGUGGGAGCAAUUAGUUUGAUUCUUCCUUCAGCUCAAUGUGAUCUUGGUAUGACCUCUAUUCAUAAAGGACACCUAAUAUCAGCUGGUUUUAUAGGUAUAAUACUGAGCUGUCACAUGUGGGGAUUCAUGUCUGACACAAUAGGCAGAAGGAAAAUAGUUCUGUGGUGUGCUUGGAUUGAUGGAAUAUUGUACGCUCUGACAAGUUUAUCGCCUUACUACUCGAUUUUCAUAGUCUUCAGAUUCUUUCAUGGUUUUGCGACAUGUGGAAUUGUUGUUCCAAUUUAUGCUUACAUCGGAGAAUUCCACACAGAUAAGCAUCGUCAUAAGGCUUUGAUGUUUGCAUCAAUCUUCGGCUGUUUGGGAUAUUUCUACAUAGUAGUGGUCGGUUGGAGUACUAUUUCUGGAUCAUGGCAGUUGGAGAUUCUUCCAUCGUUCAUCAUCAGGCCAUGGCGACUCUACUAUGCUUUGCUUGGUGUACCGAGCUUGAUUUGUGCAAUUGCAAUGAGUUCCCUGCCAGAAAGCCCCAAGUUCCUCAUAGCAAAGAAUAGAGGGGUGGAUGCAUUGGAUGUAUUGAGAAGAGUUCACAAAGAGAAUGGGUCAAGGGUGCCUGGUCCAUUUAAAGUGAAAAGUUUAAUCUGGACAUUUGAAGAAUCUACGCACAUCAAAAGUGGAUCGAGCAAAAUUGGUGCUUUUCUUUCGCUAAUGUGGGAACAAACCGUCCCAAUUUUCAAAUACCCAUACAGGAGAGACAUCACUCUAAUUUGUAGCAUACAAUUCUUGCUGUAUUUAUGCAACAAUGGCAUAUUUCUGUGGCUACCAGAGACUGGCAAUCGUAUCGCUAUUUUUGUGGCAGAAAAUGGGGGCACGCCAGCAACAUUCUGUCACAUUGUUCAGAACUAUGAUAGUCCAAGAAACAAGACUGCUACUUAUAAAAAUGGACCAGACUCGAUUUUCGGCAGUAUUAUUAGAAUAGAUAGUGACAUACAGUCACAUGAGGAAUGUAAAUCGGAAGUGAGCGAUAGAGUUUUCAUCACAAUGCUCGUCAUAUCAUCAUGUAUGACACUCACACUGGUUUUUAUGAGUUUACUCAUGAAUUUUGUUCCAAAGAAAGCAGUGCUGUGUGUGUCAAUUUUCGCUGCAUCAGUUGUUACAUUCCUUCUCACUUUUACUGAGGGUACAUACAUUCUUAUGGUUGAAAUGGGAGCUAUGAUGAUGUUCACUGGAGCGUCGAUACCAGUCAUAACCAAUCUAGUAGUCGAUGUCUUCCCAACAAAUUUCAGAGCAAUGGCGGUCUGUCUUACUUUAAUGUCAGCUCGACUUGGUACGAUUACCGCAAACCAAAUCUGUGGUGCUCUUCUUGAUUCACAUUGCGUAGUUAUCCUUUGGAUUCUGAUAGCUUCUCUCAUAGUGAGUACCAUCAUCAGUUUUACUUUGCCCACAACUAAAAAAGUGACUAACUGAGAGGACAGCUACGAAGAAUUCGAGGGAUAAGACUGAAUUUUGGAUGAUGAAGUGAUCAGAGCUGCAUAAUCUUCAAAUAUUAUUUCCGGAAUUUGUUCCAUUCCCAAUGCUUCACCCUAGAUUGUCGACAAUAAAAAACUUGAGGUUUAUUUGAAA